AUGUCCACAUCUAUCUAUCUAUCUAUCUAUCUAUCUAUCUAUCUAUCUAUCUAUCUCAACCAGAUAGCCAAAUUCCACAAGUUCCUGAUCUAUAUUUCUUUGACAACUGACGUAAAAAGUAUUUACCUGGUGACUCAUCUAUCUAUCUAUCUAUCUAUCUAUCUAUCUCAGUCUGUUCAUAUGUAUAUAUCUAUCUCAGUCUGGUCAUAUCUAUCUAUCUAUCUAUCUAUCUAUCUAUCUAUCUCAGUCUGUUCAUAUGUAUAUAUCUAUCUCAGUCUGGUCAUAUCUAUCUAUCUAUCUAUCUAUCUAUCUAUCUAUCUCAGUCUGUUCAUAUGUAUAUAUCUAUCUCAGUCUGGUCAUAUCUAUCUAUCUAUCUAUCUAUCUCAGUCUGUUCAUAUGUAUAUAUCUAUCUCAGUCUGGUCAUAUCUAUCUAUCUAUCUAUCUAUCUAUCUAUCUAUCUAUCUAUCUAUCUAUCUAUCUCAGUCUGUUCAUAUGUAUAUAUCUAUCUCAGUCUGGUCAUAUCUAUCUAUCUAUCUAUCUAUCUAUCUAUCUAUCUAUCUAUCUGAGUCUGUUCAUAUGUAUAUAUCUAUCUCAGUCUGGUCAUAUCUAUCUAUCUAUCUAUCUAUCUAUCUAUCUAUCUAUCUAUCUAUCUCACCAUCUUCCUUUUCUAUUUCUUUCUUAUUUCCUUCUUUUUCUCUAAAACAUUUCUUCUCACUUCAAAUAUCUCUUCUCUCUCUUUUUAACAUUGACCUCUUCUAUUUUCUUUCUUCACUUUCCUUCUUUCCCCCUCUUCGUUUCAUAUUCUCCUCCUUUUUUUCUGUCUCCCUUCUUUUUUUUUUAUUCUUUUCCCCCUUUUUUCUCUCUUUUUUUCACAUUUACCCACUCUCUUUUUUUGUGCACCAACGGUCGCAAUUUUGA